UGGACAAGGAGAACACCAGGACUGUUGCUUUCCUCCCGCAAGAAAACCUCAAGGAUUGCCGUCGUGAGACUGUGGAUUACAGCAAGAUUGCGCGCACAUCAAAUCAUCUGUGCUUUGGGAGAUAAUCGUUGGAUUCAUGUGGUCUUAACCUGAAGGAGCUAUCGAUUGUUUUAGGUGGAACUCUGGGAGUAGUCAUGUGGCUGCUGCUGCUGUUUCCUCUCUGCUUGAGCUGCUCAAGUGCUCAAGUGUUGUCCACUGAGGAUGUGGGCUGCCCGACUCUGCAGGUGGAGUCCUGGAAGUUUCCUCAGACCGCCAGGGACAACAUCACUGGGUUUAACCUGGUGCGGCGCUUUGGCCUGGCGAAGAACUCCGAGGUGAAGAAGAUCCGCAACCCUCGAGGACCCGCCAUCUUGCGCCUGGGAAAGGUGUCUCUCACUCAGCCAACCGAUCUGGUCCUGCCCCAUGGGCUGCCUGAGGAGUUCACUCUGGUCAUCACUCUGCUGUUGAAGAGGAAGGCGCUGAAGGAGAAUAUUUACCUCUUCCAGAUCACCGACGAACAAGGAUACCCCCAGUUCUCGUUGGACCUGAGUGGCCCCGAGGGCACCCUGACUCUGCGUGCACGCGGCUCGACCCCCGAGAGCCCGCCGGCCGAGUGUGUGUUCAGCGGCGAGGGCAUCGAGUCGCUGCUGGACCUGCGCUGGCACAAGCUGGCCCUGAGCGUCCAGAGAGACGCCGCUGCCCUCCACGUGGACUGCGGCUCCAUCGUGACCAAACCCCUGGAGCCCCGCGGGCCUCUCCCCACCAACGGCAACACCCUGCUGGCCAUCAGGGCGGACGACGCAGCCCCCGUGGAGAUUGAUAUCCAACAAGUAAUGUUGUACUGCGAUCCAGCUCUCGCCAUUCAGGAAGCCUGCUGUGAGAUCCCCGGGGCGCGGUGUCCCCCUGAUGCCCCCAAGAGCCGGCGUGCAGCAGAGACCGACCCAGAUGGAAACCUGGUGGAGCUAAAUCCCUUUAAUCAGGCCCUCCUUGGCAAAGAGCUGGCUGAGAAGUGUGCAGGCUGCAUAUUGAUUAGUGAGGAACAGAGUGUCAGAGGAAGAAAGUCAGGGCUCUCUUCUCAAUCAGACCUUAGUGGCAUGAAAGGAGAGAAGGGAGAAAAGGGUCUGGAUUGUGCUGGAUCUGGGCCUCUCGGUUCAUGUACUGAAGGACCCAGGGGCCAGAAGGGAGAGAAGGGCGAGUCAGGGCUACCUGUGAACUGGGCGGAUGGCCUUGGUCCAAGGGGAGAAAAAGGAGAGAAAGGGGAGAUUGGUACUCAGGGCUCACCUGGCCGUGCCGGCAGAGAUGGGCGAGCCGGAUCUAUUUGUCUGAUUGGACCGAAAGGUGUAAAGGGUACUCGUGGAGAGGUGGGGCCGGAGGGGUUGGCGGGAGAACCGGGGCUCCCUGGGAAGCCUGGUCUGCCCGGAUACGGAAAGCCAGGACCACCGGGGCCGCCUGGAGGACCGCCAGGUUCCAAAGGAGACCAAGGGGAUCCUGGGAUACCUGGGAAAGACGCAGAGCCUGGAGAUCCAGGGCCAAGAGGACCGGGGGGAGCCAAGGGCGAGAAGGGAGACUCCUGUGGUCCAUGCCCCACAGCCUCUGUAGGUGACGGGGCGUCGGGGACGGUCCAGCUGAUGCCGGGCCCUAAGGGGGAGGCAGGAGCCCCAGGGAUCGGAGAGCGCGGACUGGAGGGGCCAGCAGGAGUGGAUGGCAGUCCAGGAGAGAAGGGAGAGGCAGGAUCAUCUGGUGUGAAGGGAGAGAAGGGUGAUCCAUGUGCUGUAUGCCCUACCCUGGGUGAGCUUCCCUCUGGAAUCCCCGCAGUGGCAUCCCAAACCGGGACGGCUCCGAAAGGACAGAAGGGAGAGGAGGGUGAAGCAGGCAAGAAAGGAGCUGAUGGGAAACCAGGGAGGGCUGGACCCAGGGGACCUGCUGGGAAGGAAGGACAGCGAGGGCCAAAGGGAGAUAUCGGGAUACCAGGCUUUGGCGCUACAGGCCCCAAAGGCGAAAAGGGUGAUUCCUGUGGUGUCUGUUCAUCCCCCUCUGAAGUGGGGAGUCACUCCACCAUCAAGGUGGCCGAUACCGAGGGCAAACAGGGUCCGCCAGGCCUGGCUGGAGGUAAAGGCGAGAAGGGUGACCAGGGAUUGCAGGGAGACCCUGGCACCAGCGGGACUCCCGGUGUGCCAGGGCUGCCAGGGGAAGACGGGCAAGACGGCACAGCUGGCAUGAAGGGAGAGAAGGGAGACGCUUGUGACAGCUGUCCAUCACUCCCUGAGGGGCUGACGGACGUGGUGGGCGUGCCCGGAGCUAAAGGGGAGAGAGGGGAGCCAGGAGCACCUGGAGUGGGCAAACCAGGGAAACACGGUCAGCCAGGCCUUCCUGGGGUGCAGGGGCCUCCAGGGCCUAAAGGAAUGCAGGGUGACCCAGGGCCUGCUGCUGUUGGACUUCCUGGACCACAGGGCAUAGAGGGUCCUCGGGGUCCUCCUGGUGUCCUAGGUCUGACUGGACCAGCUGGAGCCCCUGGAUCAAUCGGGCCUCAGGGAGAGAAGGGCAAGAAGGGGGAUAUGGGACCUGCAGGACUUCCAGGUCCAGUGGCUGUUGGACCAAUGGGACCUCCGGGCAAAGCAGGCAACCCUGGUCAUCCAGGCAUCCCUGGACAAGAUGGCCAACCUGGAACUAAUGGAGCUAGAGGCGAAAAGGGAAUGCCAGGAGAUUGCAACUGUUUACCACAAGUUUACACCACAGCUGGUGGACCAGGGGCACCAGGAGUGAGUCCAGGCGCGAAUGCAUUACAGCCUGGUCCUCAGGGCCUCCCGGGUCCUCCGGGACCUCCAGGUCCUCCUGGGCCCCAAGGCUUCAGAGGCAUCCCAGGACCACAGGGUAUCCCUGGCAACGAUGGCCUACCAGGGAAAUCGGGCCUGCCCGGCACCGUACCUCCUGUGGGGAUCCCUCUGCCUCAGCAUCUCUCCAAAGAUCCCAAUGAGCCCUGUGAAGACUGCUCGCAGGGCCUGCCUGGUGUGCCAGGGGGUGCUGGUACCAAGGGCGACAAGGGGGAGAAGGGGGAUCAGGGGAGACCAGGCAUCACGGAGGCAGACGACUGUGCGCGGUGCCACAAGAGGCCACAAGGAGAAGAGCCCGCUCAGGAAGCUGUGAAUCCCACCACGACAGGUGCUGGAGGUGGCUGUGCAGGUGCAGCCGGCUCACCUGGCCCCGCGGGACAUCCAGGCGAAAUGGGUCCUCCAGGUCAGAGGGGCUUCGCUGGCCCUCCGGGUGCCGUGGGUCCUCCAGGCUUUCCCGGUCCACAGGGUUCUUCUGGCCUUCCUGGCAUGCAAGGAGAGAGGGGAUCACCAGGCCCACCCGGACUAAAGGGGGAACAGGGGAAAUCAGGAAAUCCUGGAUACCCAGGAACCAUGGGCGGCCCUGGACUACCAGGACUGAAAGGAGAACGCGGUUCCCCCGGCAACAAUGGGGAAAAGGGUGAAUCAGGACCACCAGGGAUGCCAGGUUACCAAGGGAAACAAGGACUUCCUGGGCCCAAGGGUGAGGCUGGUUCUUCUGGACCUGUAGGACCCAAGGGAGAACAGGGCUUCACAGGACAACCUGGCUUCCCAGGACAGCAGGGAGCUCCAGGCUUCGCAGGGAAAGCAGGGCCCCCUGGUCCCGCUGGGCCCAAGGCAGAGAAGGGUGAGACUGGUCUUCCUGGGCAGCAGGGGUCAGCUGGCCCCCCUGGUCGCCAGGGCCCUCCAGGCAUGCCGGGACCUCCAGGUAUGGAAGGCAACGACGGGAACGCUGGAAAGCCCGGACAAAGAGGAGAUACUGGUCCUCCUGGUCCCAUUGGUCCCAGAGGAAUCCCGGGUUUCAAAGGCAUCAAGGGUCAUCAUGGAUUGCCAGGACCGAAGGGAGAUUGUGGCCCCCAGGGUCCUCCUGGAGCGGCAGGCAAACCUGGCAUGGAGGGUGAUGCUGGUACACCAGGGCCACAGGGUCCCCCAGGUGCUCCCGGACAUCUUGGGGCUACCGGACCUGCAGGACCUCCCGGACCCAGUGGCCUGGCCGGAGUGGGUGUGAAGGGAGACAAGGGGGAACAGGGAGACAGAGGCCUGGGAGGACUUCCUGGACCACCAGGGGCGCCAGGACACCCAGGAAUGAUGGGAGAAUCAGGAAGUGAUGGGGCCCAGGGAAAAGACGGAAUUCCAGGAUUGCCUGGAAACAAUGGAGAACCAGGACACAAGGGUGAGGCAGGGGCCCCCGGCCAGAGGGGAUCCCCAGGAGAGCGUGGCCCCCCGGGGCCCCCUGGUGGCGGCGGCGGCUACGGCUCCAAGAAGGGCGGGGAUGUGAUGGGACCCAUGGGGCCGCGUGGCGAGAGGGGGUCGGCAGGGCAACCAGGGCAACCCGGGUCGCCAGGACCCGCUGGGCAUCCAGGCAAUGACGCGGUGGUCAACUAUGAUGACAUCAGGAGUUACAUAAGGCAACAGGUCAUCAAAAUCUUCGAUGAGCGCAUGGCGUACUACAUGUCCCGCAUGCAGACGCCCGUCGAGGUCUCGUCUCCCGGACGACCAGGGCCCCCCGGCAAGGACGGAAAUCCCGGUCUGCCAGGACAGCAAGGGUUGCCAGGGCGCCCGGGGCAGAUUGGCCGAGAGGGCCGUUCAGGGCCGAUGGGUCCGCCAGGGGCAGCUGGACCAAGGGGAGAGAAGGGGGACAAGGGAGCUGGGGAGAUGGGUGACUCUGGCCCCCCCGGUGCCCCAGGUGUUCCGGGGCCUCCAGGUUACGGGAAGAUGGGCCCCGCAGGUCAGAUGGGACAGCAGGGUAUCCCAGGGAUACCAGGAUCGCCUGGGCAGCCGGGGUCAAGGGGCAAGGAGGGCCGCUGCAACCCGUCCGACUGCAUGAGCAUGCCCGUGGAGUACAGCCCCAAGGGGCCCCCCGUUAAAGGGCACUGGUAGAGGAGGAGCAGGGAGCGAGGGAGCGAGAGAGAAGGAGAGAGAGAAAGAGAGAUGGAUGAAGGGGAGGGAGAGAGAGGGUGGGAGGGAGAUGUUAUAACAGUUACAAACGGGAGAGUUUUUACAGCAAGACAAGCACACUUGCAGUUGAGUUUGCAAAAGUGAAAACAAACAAACAAACAAAAACCAGAAAGAAACUUCCGGAAAAGCAGUCAUUUACCCCCUGUGUUGCGUUACUCAAGCUACUGCACCGUAGUGCCAACCACUCACUAAGCUUGUCUGAGCCGCUCGCAGUGGAACCCCUCAGCUAGGAACGCCCCACUGCCGAAACGCCAUGUUUGCUUCAAAGCCUGUCUGAACGGACGCUCCUCUCUCAAACUCGCCUCUUUUCCAGUCUCAUCAGCGUCUCCUCGUUUGCAUCUUCUAAUCAGUCGCCCUGUUCUUUGCUGAAGAGGCUGGGCGGAAGAAGAGAUUACGGACUAGACUCUUUUAUCUCCAUUUUUUUUCUCUUUCAAAC